CCCUUUAAGACGCCGCCACGCCCACAGGAGGCUCGUGCACGCGAUGCGCUGCUUGUUGUUUGUGCUCCAACAAGAUGGCGGUGGUUCCAGAGAGCAGAGUGCUUUCCUACACUGUUUAUAAAUGGAGUUCAUACUCCUCGACAUACUUACCCGAGAACAUUUUGGUUGAUAAACCCAAUGACCAGUCUUCCAGAUGGUCAUCCGAAAGCAAUUAUCCUCCACAGUAUUUGAUCUUAAAACUGGAGAGACCAGCUAUUGUACUAAGCAUUACAUAUGGCAAGUAUGAGAAAACGCACGUCUGCAACCUGAAGAAAUUCAAGGUGUUUGGAGGAAUGAGUGAGGAAAACAUGACCGAACUCUUGUCCAGUGGCCUUAAGAAUGACUUCAACAAGGAGACAUUCACACUGAAGCACAAGAUUGACGAGCAGAUGUUCCCUUGCAGAUACAUUAAAAUAGUGCCUCUGAUGUCAUGGGGCCCCAGUUUUAACUUCAGUAUCUGGUACAUUGAGCUGCAUGGGAUAGAAGAUCCAGAUGUAGUCCAGCCCUGCCUUAACUGGUACAGUAAGUACCGUGAGCAGGAGGCUAUCCGUCUGUGUCUGAAGCACUUCCGCCAGCACAACUACACCGAGGCCUUCGAGUCACUGCAGAAGAAGACGCGCAUAGCACUGGAGCACCCCAUGCUCACUCACCUCCAUGAGCGCCUGGUCCUCCAAGGAGACUUCGAUGCCUGCGAGGAGCUUAUCGAUAAAGCUGUGAGAGAUGGCUUGUUUAAUCAGUACAUCAGCCAACAGGAGUACAAGCCACGCUGGAGUCAGAUCAUCCCCAAAUGCACCAAAGGUGAUGGGGAAGACAGCAGGCCCGGGAUGAGAGGUGGUCAUCAGAUGGUGAUAGAUGUGCAGACGGAGACUGUGUAUCUGUUUGGAGGUUGGGAUGGCACGCAGGACUUGGCAGAUUUCUGGGCCUACAGUGUGCAGGACAACCAGUGGUCCUGUAUCUCCAGAGACACUGAGAAAGAGAAUGGUCCCAGUGCACGCUCGUGCCAUAAGAUGUGCAUCGACUCUCAGAGAAGACAGAUCUACACGCUAGGCCGCUAUUUAGACUCGUCUGUCCGAAACAGCAAGUCUCUGAAAAGUGACUUCUACCGGUACGACAUUGAUGCUAACACGUGGACGCUGCUCAGCGAGGACACCUCUGCAGAUGGAGGCCCUAAACUUGUGUUCGACCACCAGAUGUGCAUGGACUCAGAGAAGCACAUGAUCUACACGUUUGGAGGUCGAAUUUUGACGUGUAACGGCAGUGUUGACGACGGGCGCACGUCAGAGCCGCAGUUCAGCGGCCUGUAUGCAUAUCAGUGCCAAGCAGGUACCUGGAGUCUUCUGCGGGACGACUCGUGUAACGCCGGCCCCGAGGAUGUGCAGUCCCGUAUUGGACACUGCAUGCUCUUUCACACGAGGAAUCGCUGCUUGUAUGUGUUUGGAGGCCAGAGAUCUAAGACAUACUUGAACGACUUCUUUAGCUAUGACGUGGAUGCUGACCAUGUAGAGAUCAUCUCAGAUGGCACUAAGAAAGACUCUGGAAUGGUACCAAUGACUGGCUUCACCCAGCGUGCCACCAUCGACCCAGAGCUGAACGAGAUUCAUGUUCUGUCAGGCCUUAGUAAAGACAAAGAUAAACGAGAGGAGAAUGUCCGCAACUCCUUCUGGAUCUAUGACAUUGCCCGCAACAACUGGUCAUGUGUGUAUAAGAAUGACCAGGCCGUGAAGGAGAACCCCAGCAAGACACUGCAGGAGGAAGAGCCGUGCCCUCGGUUCGCUCACCAGCUCGUGUACGAUGAGCUGCACAAGGUACAUUACCUGUUUGGGGGAAACCCAGGCAAGUCUAGCUCUCCCAAGAUGCGAUUGGAUGACUUUUGGUCUCUGAAACUCUGCCGCCCAUCUAAAGAGUACUUACUGAGACACUGCAAAUAUCUCAUCCGCAAAUACAGGUUUGAGGAGAAGGCACAGACCGAACCACUGAGCGCACUGCAGUACUUGCAGAAUGACCUCUCUCUAACUGUGGACCACUCUGACCCUGAUGAGACUAAAGAGUUUCAGCUCCUGCCCUCGGCUCUCUUCAAGUCCAGCUCAGACUUCAUCCCACUAGGAUUUUCUGAUGUAGAUCAGACGUAUGCCCAGCGCACACAGCUCUUUGACACGCUGGUAAACUUCUUCCCCGACAACAUGACCCCGCCCAAGGGUAACCUCGUCGACCUCAUUACCCUGUAGCCAUGCUCACUGAGCUCUAUCCCUUCACUCUUUAUGCCUCUAAGACUUGUUCCACUGAAAACAGAAGUUAUUUUUCUACAUCCACUUCAGAGUCCCCUUGCCGACCGAAUGUGGUUCCUUCAUAAGCAGGAAGGUAUUCUGAUUUACCCUUGAUGGUAAUUUAACCAAAAUCACAAAACUGGAGCAUACCUGCUUACUAUAACAUUUUAAUUUAUCCACCCAAAGUGUCUGCAGCACUUGUGUACAUUUAUCUUUCCUCUUAGGUGUGUGAGGAAGUUGAAAUCCACAAACUCACUUUGUUUUUCCUCUUUUAUUCCAGUUGGACUCCGUUUCAGGUCUAGCUCAGCUUACAUCUUUAGCUCUAGUUCUGUUGAAAAGGGUACAUUUGAGAUGAUGGCCAUCUCACACAGUUUGUAAUGGAAACAGUUGGUUUAUUCAUUGUGGGAUUUUAUUUGCACCAUUUGAUUAUGCUUGGUAACAUUUUGCCAAAUUAAGGCAAGCGUGAUUGUGGUAAAUUUGCACUUUAUUUCUGAGCUUGCAGGAUGGAAAUUGUGAGAUUUUGGCCUUGUUUUUUUUCCCCCUCUCCUGAAAAAUAGAUUUAAGUAAUGGCCUCAGUCAUUGCUGCUUUUAUAGUAAUAGGUCAACCUAGCUAAACAGAAGUAAUGAGUAUUGAGCACAUAUUAGUUAUGAUUUGAUCGCUGUGCUUCAGAUGAAAUUCUUUACUCACUCCUACUAAAAGACUUUUCCCUAUUUGUGCCAUAGCAGUAUUGUGCGUCUUUGUUUUUCUGUCUGAAAGUAGAAAAUUUUUCCUCACCUAAAGCCGUCUCAAGAACAAGAUACUAACAAUUCAAAAAAACUGGAUUGGAGACCGCGAACUCCUCAGUGUGAAAUCGUCCACUGAACGUCACUGGAGACUUCCAGAAAGUGUCAUUGCCGUGUUUUGAGUGUGUGUUUUGAAGCUUGCACUUCUCGGGUCUCGGGAAUCAAGGUACUCGAUACUGCAAAGCCGUAUGUCUCAUUUUAGGGAUUCUGUGGCGGCAUUACUGAACAUGCCGGAAUGUUACUUGGAGGUAGUCUUCCAUAUAAUGUAGUGUGUAAAUAUUGCCAUGUAUAAAUGUGUGUAUAUAAGAUCUCCUAUUUGAAGUAUUACUUAUAGCCUGAUUUUGAAGGGUUUUUUUCCCCCCCCUCUGAAAGCAUAAUAUAUUGGGACACUGUUGGCUUUAUUGGUGUUAAUAACUUGUUCUUUGUUCAAAGUAACUAACUAACUUCUUGCACUUUGCAUUGGAAGUAUAUUAUAUAAAUAAAAAGUGCACAUGAAAUUAGUUUAUCCCGUAUGAAGCUGUGUGCGUACAUUUGUACUAAAUCGGAUUAAUCGAGACACACAUCCUUCACAGUUGAUCAGUGUAAUCUUAGCCUUAACCUCUUCUACAUACCUGCCCGUUUCUUCAUUCUAGCACCUCUGUAGACCCGGCACAUUUACGUCAGCUUACCACUGUCCAGCUGAUUUUAUAGUGUGUGAAUUAAUUUAUUUUCCCAUUCAUAGCCUCUGUUUUCCCAAUUAAAUCCCCAAUUGUGUGUUCCCUGGGCUUGAUUCCAGUUAGUCAUUUAGAACUUUUGUGCCAGGAAGAAGGUGAAAUGUGGAUUAUAAAAAAUGUAAAAGAGGAAAAACACAAUGGGAGCACCUUUUUAUAAACAACCCUUUGGCCUGGACUCUUUUUAUAUCCUUUUUUUUUCCCCCCCUGUUCCUGGAAAACAUCUCACUUUUCUUCCUCUCUCAUCUCCUGAGUGAGGAUAUUGGGAUAUGUGAACACUACACUGUGGCAGACAUGAAUGU